CAACAACAAUCGAUUAUUUCAUUUGAAAUACGCAAUUUUUUAUUGGAUUUAUCUGUUUUGUUUCUUUGUACUUUUGAUGCAUCUAAUCAAUUUAUUUGGAUGCCGCCACUAUCAUCCAUUAAUAAAUCUAUUAAUAAUAAUGAUGAUAAAUCCAUUAAUAGUAAAUUUACUCCAUUCUUAGAAAGUCUUUGCAAGAUAUUUCUCAAGUUAAAAUUAAAUAAUAAUAAUGAAGAUGAUGAUGAAUAUUUUGAAUUUAUCAUUGAAAUGAUAUUUGAUAAAUUAGGAUUUGAGUUACCAUUAGAAAUAUUGAUUAGAGAAAAGAAUGAUUUAGAGAAACUUGUUUAUUCAAAAAAUUCAUGGAUUUUAGUAUUAGAACAACGUCUCCAAAAUAUUUCAAAAAUAUUUUCUCCAAAAUAA